AAUAACUUUAUGCAAUUUGGAAAGAAAGCGGUCUGUUCCUGUCAUAAGUCACAUUGAUUAUAAUCUCAAUUGUGACAUCAAUAAAAGAAUAGAACAUGAAUCUCAUAAAAGGAAAAGUUAUUCUACGUUACAAAUACAAGAAUGUGAAAAGCAGAAAUAUAUAGAAACGGAAAUUAUUAAUGAAAAAAAAGCUAUAAAUAAAGGAGAAAAUGCGCCAGAAGAAACGGUAAAUCGAAUAUUGGAUAUGUUGUUGGUCAUGAAUCGAAAAUUAGAUUCAAUGUUGGCCUUUCAUGAUGAGCAAAAUCCUUCAACAUCAGCAAAUUGCUCUUUUGAUUUGUUACCUCAUAUACCGUUAAAUUCUAUGGAAGAUUUCAAAAAAUUUUGUAAUGAUUUAAAUGAGAAUGAAGAAUUACGAAAGCAAUUUCAGAGAAAAAUCCGUAACAUAGGUGGAAAAUCAGCAGAAAAUCAUUUGAUUAAUUGUUUAGUUACGACUCUUACCAACGAACAUGCCAAACAAUUAACAUGGGAAGGUCAACGUCACACAGAGGGUAUUAAAAACACAGCUUUUGCGAAUAUUAUCAUGGGUACCAUUUCAAACAUGUACAAUUCAUCAAAUUACUAUAGUCUAAAGAAUAAAUUCUCGGAAUGGUUAAGAAGAGCAGGAGAUAGAUAUCGAUACCAAUUAAAAAAAUUAGAACAUACAUUGCUUUCAUGAAUGGAAUGAAGAUUGUAAGCUACAGGCGGAAAAGUUAUUCCGUUUUCAUAGUUUUUAUUACAAUUACGAAAAAUAUUAAAAGAAAAUUUUAAGAGAAUAAUAUAAAAAUGUGAAGAUAUAUACAUAUAUAUA